AUGUCACAAACUGCAAAGAAAUGGCUAGAUUAGCUUCCUAAACAUAGAAUGAUCAUGGACCCUAAGAGUUACAGAAUGGUUCAUCCUGUAUACUCUAUGAGAGAUAUUGAGACUGUCCCCGUCACCCAUAGAAAACCAGAAGGAUUCAGAGAUUACUUUGCUAGAGGUUUUGUCAGAUUCACAAGAGGUUCGUUUGAUCUUUUUACCGGAUACAAUGAAAAGUAGAUGAGUGCUAAUUAAUGGAUGACUAGAGCAAUCUUCUUGGAAACAGUAGCAGGAGUACCAGGUAUGGUUGGAGGCAUGACAAGGCAUUUGAGGAGCUUAAGGUCUUUGAGACCAGAUAAUGGCUGGAUCCAUAAUUUACUUGAGGAAGCAGAAAAUGAAAGAACACAUCUGUUUAUCUUUUUAGAACUUAAGAAGCCAAAAUUUAUGUUUAAGACUAUGGUUAUGCUCACCUAGGGAAUAUUCUACAAUCUUUACUUCAUCAGUUACCUCCUAUUUCCUAAAUAUUGCCAUCGCUUUGUCGGAUAUUUAGAAGAAGAAGCUGUACAUACCUAUACUAUUAUGUUGAAAUAGCUUGAUGAAGGGAAAAUACCAGAAUGGAGCAGCCUUGAAGCCUCUUAAAUGGCAAAAGACUACUAUAAUUUGGGUGAGCAUGCUAAAUUUAGAGAAGUUAUUCUCAGUAUAAGAGCUGACGAAAGUAUUCACAGAGAAGUAAAUCACCAUUUUGCUGAUUUAAAGGCAGACUAAGAUAUUGAACAUGAAGAGGUACACGUCAUUGAUAGAGAGACUAGAAAAUAAGAAAACAAGGCUUGA